CACAAAAAUCACAAGAUGGAAUCGCUGCCGCCCCAGAGGUGCAUGCCGCCUGCGUCCCGUCCUGUAGCCCCCAACCAUCAUCAUCCUGCAAAAGCGAUAAUCCACUGUCGAUCCACCGCCGGCCGCCACUGCCACUACGACUGCGGCGGCCCCACACCCAAUCAAUGCAUGCACCUGCUGCCGUUUACCUAUCAGAUCCAUUACGGUUCGAAGCUGCCCGUCUGACAGGGCGUACCGUCAUGGGCGUCGGUGGCAGCGCUGUCGGGCACAUCGUCGGCUGCUCGCUCGGGACAAUGACGAUUCCGAGCGGUUCAGCCAUGCAGCCAUUCCAAUGCGAACACCAGAUAAGAUCGUUUGCUUAUAAUCAUGAGCGCCCGGACAUGCUAGUGUAUGACCCGUGAAUUCAGAAUAUCUACAUGCUCCAUCAUCACGAUGUCUGCUCCGUUGCCUAGUGGCGCCAGAAUGUCGUCCAGCAACAUCGACGACACCCCAGAACGUGUGCCACUGAAGGCGCUGAUUUUCGACCUGGGCGACGUCCUCUUCACGUGGUCGGCCUCCACCACAACGAGCAUCCCCGCCAAAACGCUUCGAAGCAUCCUCAAUACAGACGCAUGGGUCGACUUCGAUUGUGGCCGCAUCACCCAAGAGGAAUGCUACGACCAGGCAGCUCGGCAUGUUCCCUUUUCCGCAAAGGAGAUCCGGGAGGCCUUCCGACAAGCCCGCGACUCUCUCCAACCCAACAUGGAAGUGAUCGAAGCCAUUCGAUCGUUGAAGAAGUCCUCCCACGGCCAGCUCAAGAUCUUCGCCAUGUCCAACAUCUCCAAAGAGGACUACGCCUACGUGUCAGCGGCCGUGGACGACUGGCAGAUCUUCGACCGCGUCUUCGCCUCGGGCCACGCCGGGAUGCGCAAACCCGACGCCGCCUUCUACCGACACGUCUUGGAUGCCGUAUCGCUGUCCCCGCGGGACGUCAUGUUCAUCGACGACAAGGUGGAGAACGUGCUCGCCGCGCAGAACUUGGGCAUCCGGGCGGUGGUGUUCAGCGAGAGCCAGGUCGUGGUGGAUAUUCUAGCCCGUAUCGAAUCCGACCCGUGUGAGCGGGGCUAUCGCUAUCUCCUUUCGCAUCGUGAUGAUUGUAGGACUUUCACUGAGACCGGCGUGUCGAUUGACGACAAUUUCGCCAAACUGUUAAUCCAGGAGGCCCUGCCUUUUCUUGAUGUUGUCCAACCGGAAUGGAAUGAGAAAAUCACCUGGAACUACUUCAUCGGGACACCCGUGCUGGUACCAGGCGCGAAAUUUCCCGAUGAUCUCGAUACUACGUCUCUGGCCCUGAUGGUAGUACCUCCCGAAAGCCCUGCCACAGCGACAGCAGUCCUCGAUAAUGUACUCAAAUUCGUCCUCCCGGAUGGUCGGUUUCAGACCUACUUCGACUGGGACAAACCCCGCUUCGACGAGAUCGUCUCCGCCAACAUCCUCGCCUGCUUCUACGCCCACGGCCGCGGGCAUCAACUCCCCAACACCCUGCCCAUGCUCCAUACCUUUCUCCUCGACCGCGGCUACGAACAAGGCACCCGCUACUACCCAGACGCCGACAACUGCCUCUACUUCCUCAGCCGACUACUCAAACACAUCAUGUCUACUUCGACCGCCAUAAGCCCUGAUCAACCCAAACAGACCUUCUCCCGCCCACCAACCCCGCCUUCCGACGAUGCCGGAAAGGACCUUCCCACCACUCUCACACACCUCCUCAUCUCACGGGUCCUCGAGCGCGUCGGCACGCCCGCCGGCGGUGCGGUGCAGCUCGCGCUGCGUGUGAUCACCUGCUCGCAAUGGGCAAUCCCCUGUCGGAAGGACGUCGCGGCGUUGAAGGCAUUGCAGGAGGAGGAUGGAGGCUGGCCAGGGGGCUGGAUGUAUCGAUAUGGCUCGACGGGGAUGAGGUUAGGCAACCGCGCCGUGGCCACGGCGUUGGCCUGUAAGGCUCUGGACACUGCUGUCUAGAGGAUGCGAUUUCGGGAGACCGAGUAGGAGAUUCAAUGCUUAGGUGGACACCGGGAAUGUGUUGUUUCGAUAGACUUUCUGGACUGCGGACAUACCAAGUUUUGCAAACGAAAACAUGUCGUCCGUUGACUGUUGAGUGAAGUUGCAUAGGCAUCCCUCGCAAUUGCAGAGCCGGCCAAUCCUUGCUGAUGCAUACUGUCGA